CCCAAAAUAGUAGAGGUUUGAGCAGUUGACAUCAGCGAGUCAGAAAUGGCUGCCACCGGAGUUCUUCCCUUCAUAAGGGGAGUAGACCUCAGUGGAAAUGACUUCAAAGGGGGUUAUUUUCCUGAGCAUGUAAAGUGUAUGAGCAGCUUACGAUGGCUGAAACUGAACCGGACAGGACUUUGUUAUCUUCCAGAGGAGCUGGCUUCUCUCCAAAAGUUGGAGCAUCUUUCAGUGAGUCACAACAGCCUGACUACAUUACAUGGAGAACUUUCCAGUUUACCGAAUCUGCGGGCGGUGGUGGCCAGAGCCAACAACUUGAAGAACUCUGGUGUCCCAGAUGACAUCUUUCAGCUGGAUGACCUUUCUGUACUGGAUCUGAGCUACAAUCAGCUGACGGAGAUCCCCAGGGACCUGGAGAACAGCAGGAACAUGUUGGUGCUGAAUUUGAGUCACAACAGCAUCGACGCCAUCCCCAAUCAGCUGUUCAUCAACCUUACCGACCUGCUGUAUCUGGACUUGAGCAACAAUAAGCUGGACAGCCUGCCCCCACAGAUGCGGCGCUUGGUGCACCUGCAGACGCUCAUCCUCAAUAACAACCCGCUGAUGCACGCACAGCUGCGUCAACUUCCAGCCAUGGUGGCAUUACAGACUCUUCAUCUGAGGAACACUCAGAGGGUCCAGAGCAACAUGCCCACCAGCCUGGAGGGACUGACACAGCUGGCAGAUGUGGAUUUGUCAUGUAAUGACCUGACCCGGAUACCAGAGUGUCUUUAUUCUCUGAGCAGUCUGAAGAGACUCAACCUGAGCAGCAACCAGAUUUCUGAGCUCUCCCUCUGUAUCGACCAGUGGAACCAGCUGGAGACACUCAACCUCAGCCGCAACCAGCUCACCUCGCUGCCCUCGGCCAUCUGUAAGCUCUCUAAACUGAAGAAGCUGUAUAUCAAUUCCAACAAACUGGACUUUGACGGCGUUCCUCCUGGUGUUGGAAAACUCUCCAGUCUCGUUGAGUUCAUGGCUGCUAACAACAACCUGGAGCUCAUUCCAGAGGGACUCUGCAGGUGUGGUAAGUUAAAGAAGUUGGUGCUGAAUAAAAACCGCCUUGUGACAUUGCCUGAGACCAUCCACUACCUGACCGACUUGGAGGUUCUGGAUGUGCGCGAGAACCCCAACCUGGUGAUGCCUCCUAAGCCCACGGACAGAGCAGCGGAGUGGUACAACAUAGACUUCUCCCUGCAGAACCAGCUCCGCCUGGCCGGGGCUUCGCCCGCCACCGUGGCUGCUGCAGGAGGAGGAGCUAACUCCAGAGAUCACUUGGCAAGAAAGAUGAGGCUGAGGAGGAGGAAGGACUGCUCUCAGGAUGAUCAGGCAAAGCAGGUUCUGAAAGGCAUGAGCGACGUCGCGCAGGAGAAGAAAACCAUGGAGGAGAACGGCGAUCCGAAGUACGGUGACCUGAAAACUCGGCGUUGGGACAAAAGUCUGGAAAAGCCCCAGCUGGAUUAUUCCGAGUUCUUUUUGGAGGACGUGGGGCAGGUUCCCGGUGUGUCCGUGUGGCAGAUAGAAAACUUUAUUCCGGUACAAGUGGAUGAAGCUUUUCAUGGCAAAUUCUACGAGGCGGACUGCUACAUCAUCCUGAAGACAUUCCUGGACGACAACGGAGCUUUGAACUGGCACAUCUUCUACUGGAUCGGGCAGGAGGCCACGCUAGACAAGAAAGCCGGCUCCGCCAUUCACGCCGUCAACCUCAGGAACUUCUUGGGGGCGGAGUGCAGAACGAUCCGGGAGGAGAUGGGAGAGGAGAGCGAGGAGUUCAGCGCUGUUUUCAACCAAGACAUCUCUUACAUCGAGGGAGGAACUUCAAGUGGAUUUUACACUGUUGAGGACACAAAUUAUCCUCUGAGAUUAUACAGAGUCUAUGGCAAGAAAAACAUCCGUCUGGAGUCUGUGCCGGUGAAGGGCUCCUCCCUGGACCCUCGUUUUGUGUUCCUGUUGGAUUCUGAGCUGGAAAUCUUCAUCUGGAGAGGAGCUAAUGCUACGCUCAGCAGCACCACCAAAGCCAGAUUAUUUGCUGAGAAGAUCAACAAGAACGAGCGCAAAGGAAAGGCUGAGAUCCUAACCGUCACGCAGAGCCAGGAGCCUCCCGAAUUCUGGGAGCUUCUUGGAGGACAACCAGAGGAGAUCAAGAAACACGUCCCAGACAACUUCUCUCCUGUUCGGCCCAAACUAUACAAAGUGGGUUUAGGGCUCGGUUACCUGGAGCUUCCCCAGAUUAACUACAAACUGUCUGUGGAACACAAAGAUCACAAGGUCAAACUGGACACGCUGCCAGAGCUCCGGCUGCUUCAGUCUCUGCUGGACACCAAAUGCGUUUACAUCCUGGACUGCUGGUCGGACGUCUUCAUCUGGAUCGGGAGGAAGUCCCCACGUCUAGUCAGAGCUGCAGCUCUGAAACUGGGUCAGGAGAUCUGCUCCAUGCUGCACCGGCCCAAACACGCCAGUGUGACGCGCAACCUGGAGGGCACAGAAAGCCAGGUCUUCAAAUCCAAGUUUAAGAACUGGGACGACGUCCUGAAGGUGGACUACACCCGAGCUGCAGAGACUGUGCAGCAGAACGACAACCUGCAGGGAAAAGUGAAGAAAGACGCUGAGCAGAAAGACCAGAUGAAAGCAGACCUGACUGCGCUCUUCCUCCCCAGACAGCCCCCCAUGGCGCUGUCAGAGGCCGAGCAGCUGAUGGAGGAGUGGAACGAGGAUCUGGACGGGAUGGAGGGAUUUGUGUUGGAGGGAAAGAAAUUUGCUCGCCUGCCUGAGGAAGAGUUUGGACACUUCUUCACUCAGGACUGCUACGUCUUCCUCUGCAGGUACUGGGUUCCAGUGGAGUAUGAGGAAGAGGAGAAGGACAAGAAGGAGGGUGGAGGAGGAGGCGCAGAUGAAGAGGAGGAGGAGAAGCAGCCUGAGGAGGACUUUCAGUGUGUAGUGUAUUUCUGGCAGGGCAGGCAGGCGUCCAACAUGGGCUGGCUCACCUUCACCUUCUCCCUGCAGAAGAAGUUUGAGAGUCUCUUCCCUGGAAAACUGAAGGUGGUGCGGAUGACCCAGCAGCAGGAGAACCUCAAGUUCUUGUCCCACUUCAAGAGGAAGUUCAUCAUCCACAAAGGGAAGAGGAAGCAGGACAAUGACAGCGUCCAGCCUUCCCUCUACCACAUCCGCACCAACGGCAGCGCGCUCUGCACCAGGACCAUCCAGAUCGGGACGGAUUCUGGCAACCUCAACUCAGAGUUCUGCUUCAUCCUGAAGGUCCCGUUCGAGAGCACGGACAACCAGGGCAUCGUCUACACGUGGGUGGGCAGAGCUGCCGACCCGGACGAGGCCAAACUGGCCGAGGACAUCAUGAACAGCAUGUUUGACGAGACCUACAGCAAACAGGUGAUUAACGAGGGGGAGGAGCCAGAAAACUUUUUCUGGGUCGGGAUUGGUUCUCAGAAGCCGUACGACGAAGACGCAGAGUACAUGAAGCACGCCAGACUCUUCAGGUGCUCCAAUGAGAAGGGUUACUUCUCUGUGUCGGAGAAAUGCUCCGACUUCUGUCAGGACGACCUGGCCGACGAUGACAUCAUGCUGCUGGAUAACGGCAAAGAGGUGUACAUGUGGGUGGGCACGCAGACCAGCCAGGUGGAGAUCAAACUCAGCCUCAAAGCCUGUCAGGUUUACAUCCAGCACAUGCGCUCCAAAGAAGCCGAGCAGCCGAGGAAGCUGCGCCUGGUGAGGAAGGGAAACGAGCCGCACUGCUUCACCCGCUGCUUUCAUGCCUGGGGACCCUUCAAAACUCCGCUUUCUUAGACCCCACGCUCUCAACCCCCACAGCCUGCCGUGGUGCACCUGAGAAUGCCCCGCCCCCUUUGCUCACCUGCUUGACAGUUUAAGACGGAAUCCGAAUGUUCCUUUAUAUUUUUCUAAACAAGCCAAAUCCCAGGGGAGUAAACAAGGGAACCUUCAGACAUAUCCUCCCCCCGUUCUGCUGCUUUAUCUGGCCUCCUGCUGCUAAUCUACACAUUCUAUCGUGGAAGAGUCCAAGUGUUUUCUGAAGAAUGUCAAUUUUUCUUUUUUGAGGAAUGUGUAAAAUGCUUCAACCAUAAAAACACACAAAAUGUCAUCACCGUCACCCAACAAAGUAACGCUGAUUUGGCCAAAGAAGCUGUGCAAUCAUCGUGGGAGACGCUUUUUCUUCUCAGUUACAGAGGAGCUAAAUGUUGCUAUAGUAACUUUCACUUUAAAAAUGGGAGAUUGUUUAAUCAUGUGACCUUUGGGGGGGUCAGAUCCAAGCAAAAUAUCAGUUUUCCUUUUUUUUGUGGGCAGAGUUCGCAUCCAGCACGGGAUUGUGCCACUGAAUAUGCUUCUGAUGCCACCUGCAGAUGCUUUAUUUAUGUAUUUUAUAUAAGAAUAAAGGUUUUCACAAAGUU